CCGCGCUAUUUUGAAUCCAUCCCCUGUUAUCUCGCCGCGUUCUUCCGUGCACGGCCUCUCUCACCGAGUAUUUCCCAACGAGACCGUCUGCCGAAUAACACUCCUACUAACCAGCACGCCGUAUUUAAUUAAUAAGCCUAUGAAGUUCCCUACUGCGUACCAGCUAGGUCAGUUCAAUCGCCAAAGCGACUCGACGAAAGAAGAACGAACGCUUUAAAACUGGUGUUUGCGACGUUUUCUUUUCUCUUUUUUUUUUUUUACGAGCGUUACAACGAGGAAAGUCAUCACGAGAGAUCAUCGAUCGGGAUACGAAUCCCUACGAGAAAGGUUGGAAAUCGACGGCGAGGAAAUCAUCACCUUGGUAACCAACGGCAAAACAUAAGUGCGGGUCGUUGGAAACGUGAUACGUGGAUUCGAGGAACGUAGCAAGGCGAAUAUCUCUUCUCUAUAUGGAUUUUUCGGUCCGAUUCGAUUCACGUCUAGGAAGACGUUGAUCUCUCGUAGUCGACAUCGGUUUUUUUUCUUCUGUCUGACAUGACAGUUCUGGAGGAACUCGACUCGUGGCCUCGGGCAUUCAGCAGCUGACGGCAACCAGGCGAUCGUACAUCCGGGGAGAAGCGUUCAACGCUUGGACAAAGAUGGAUACUGGCCUCUCCUGGAUCCUCGCUUUUGCCUUGAUCGCGCUCCUCGUAUCGGAAGGCUGGGCCAUCGAUUGUUUCAAGUGCGUGUCGAUCGACGGCGACAACAAGCCCUGUGACGAUCCGUUUCACAACAACGGGAGUCUGGCCUUCCUGGAGUCGCCAUGCUUAGGAGGUCGCAAAGGGCGCGAUGGUCUUUUCCCCGCGACUGCGUGCAUCAAAAUAGCGGGAAUAUAUGACGAAUCCGGGGUCUCUUUGACGGUGAGAAGCUGCGCGCUGGACAGCGGAACUCUGACGACCGACUCCGAAAUUAUAAGAAUGUCACAUUGCGGAGGGUUCUAUUUCGACGACAAAUACGUUCGUGGAUGCGUACAGUCUUGCAACGAUGCGGAUGCCUGCAAUGGAUCCACACGGCGAGCAGUUGCGCUCGUGCUUUUAACUUUAUCGAUUUUCCUUGGACUAAUUUGACGAGGAUGGUCAGCGUAAAAUUCGCGUUAAUUAAAAUAUAGAUAAUUAUUGUAUAUAUCAAACGAAAAACGAUCACCUCUAUAUAUAACGGACCAGUUCGAAUGUAAAUCAGUAACCUGACCAAUUUAGCUGUGGACCAAAGACGUAAGAAAACGAAAAUGAUAACUCGUAAGUGAUACAACGAAAGCUUUUUGGCUAUCGUUCGUAAAUUAUUGCAUUUAUCCAAUAUAUCAAACGAAAGUUAUUAUAAUCAAAAAAAAAAAAAAA